GAUCGUUGUCAAGUGUCACCUCAUUUACUUAUGAACUGGAAGAGCAGGUUAUGCGGCAGGGAGGCUUUCAUCCUCUGCAUCAGGAGGAGCAGAAAAAGGGAUGUAGCUGUACUAAUUCGAGUAACAGAUGUGUCAUGAGUGUUAUCACUCUUCAAGGCAUUUAGAAACGUGAUGCACCCAACAGUUUACAAUGGAUUCCGCUGAGAACUCGAGUGUUUUUCCUGCAGCAGAUCGAUGUCCCAACUGCAGCUCAUCCUCCCAACAUGAAGUGGAAGUAGCCAAGAUGGUGGUUCUGGGGAUGGUUCUGUUGGUGUUUAUCGUGUUUGGGGUCCUUGGCAACAUCCUUGUCAUCCUAUCGGUGUUGUUCCACCACCACUGGCGCUCUGUGACGCACUACUUUAUUGCCAAUCUGGCCGCCGCAGACCUGCUGCUGAGCUCGGCUGUGAUGCCCUUCUCUGCCACCUCGGAGGCUCUUGGAAGAUGGGUGUUUGGCCGCUUCUUCUGCAGCGUCUGGGCCGCUCUGGACGUCCUCUGCUGCACCGCCUCCAUCCUCAGCCUCUGUGUGAUCUCCAUCGACCGCUACCUGGCAGUUAGCUAUCCUCUGCGCUACCCUGCCAUCGCUACGGGUCGGCGAGGCCUGACGGCGGUGGCUGCUCUCUGGGUUCUCUCUGCGGCUAUAUCUGUGGGCCCUCUGUUUGGCUGGAAGGAACCGGAGCCAGAAGACGAGACAGUGUGCCGGAUCACGGAGGAACCCGUCUAUGCUUUGUUCUCGGCGCUAGGAUCUUUCUACAUCCCUCUGGCCAUCAUCCUGGCCAUGUACUGCCGUGUGUACACUGUGGCAAAGAGAAAGAACGCAACCCUCCGGAAGAGCGGUACUGGAGAAGGGGUUGAGGCAGAAGGGGUGACGCUGAGGAUUCACAGAGGGAAUGCUGCUCAGACUGAGAAGCAAGAGGAAAACAAAGGGACCGUGGCACGCAAACGCACCACCUUUUCCCUGCCGAAGAUGCUUAGGUUCUCAAGAGAAGAGAAGGCAGCCAAGACUCUUGGCAUCGUUGUCGGGUGUUUCAUUCUGUGCUGGCUUCCUUUUUUCCUGGUAUUACCCAUCGGAUCCAUAUUCCCGUCCUGUAAGCCUUCUGAAACCAUCUUUAAGAUCACCUUCUGGCUUGGCUACCUGAACAGCUGCCUUAACCCCAUCAUCUACCCCUGCUUCAGCCGGGAGUUCAAGAAAGCUUUCCAAAACGUGCUCCGUGGUCGCUGCCUUCGAACUGGGGCGCCUGCGGUCAAACCACAAGGACACGUCGGCCCCCACUCCUCCAGUCCACACCACCCAUCCCGCAACUCUGAUGUCUCGUGCCAAAACCGCGUCAAUGCUUCCUCGUGGGGCUGCUGCAGGGCGCUGUCGACCUCCUCGUCAUCAGUCGCUGGUCCGGAUCAAAGCGCGCAAAUCCAGAGUAAGAGUCUUCUGAAGGCGUGGUGUUUCUCAGCGAGCCGAACGCCGGUGCCCCAGAACCCCUGCAGUCACAGAUCGGCCAAGGUCUUACGCCUUUCUCUUAGUGUGGCAGGAGAAGCUGUUUGAUUGGCCCAAUGAUGCAAUGCCGGGAUCUUUGGGAAUCCAAUCUUUGGUUUGCCUUCCGGAAAAACUUCUGUACAACUUUUGCAUGUAUAUUCAAAUUUCUCAGAGACAUAGAGGGCAGGACUAGGUCAUAAUGUGACAUACCUCAAGCACUGGCAGAAGAUAACUGUUGCCUUAAGAUCUUAUGUGUCAAAGGAAAUAUGAUUUUAGAAAGUGAAUGAAAACAUUUUUUGUACAGAUUCAUCAACAGCAUUCUACCCUCAUAGUGCUCUCAAGUGUCAACACCGGAUCAAACCAACAAGAAUACUGGAGAAAGACUUACAGCAAGAUACUUUUGGAAAAAAACAUUACAAUUAUUGAGUUAGCAGGGAUCAUUUCUGCACUUGCCAUUGUACAAUAACUGUAGAGACAUUUCUUUCAACUUUAGUGGUAUUUAUUCAGAGUGCACAGAAGUCCUUAAGGACCAGAUACUCACUGGUGGCAUGGCAUUCACUGACAGCUCUUAAAAGGUGUAAUCUAGUGAAAGAUUGUGUGUAUUAUAUAUGUGUCCUUCGUGUUUCUAAAGGGACAAAACACCUGCAGGAUUCGAUGUAAUAAUUCCUGUCACAUGUGAAUCGUCGGACUGAAGAGAAACAAGAGUAGAUCUUUGAGUGUGGUAUGAAUAACAGUUUGCAGAAGCAACACAAUUGUACCCCUCUGAAGCUUUCAAUGUUCUGUUUUUGUUGAGGUUGUAUCAAAGUGUGUUGAAUCAACUUGUUUAUGUUUGACAUCUUAGCUUGUGGUGUUGUUGAAUAAAUGAAG